CACCCACUUCCUGAUCACGGCAGCAAACAAACAUGGCGGCCACCAUGGAGCUGAGAUGCUGGGGAGGUGAUUGGGGUUUGCCUUCCGUCCACACAGAGUCUCUCAUAGUGCUGGCCUAUGCCAAGUUCUCUGGAGCCACGAUCACAGUAACUCCCAUAGACUGGACGUGGAAGACUUUGACAGGCACAGUGCCAGAGUUGGUCUACCAGGGAUCCACAAUAACCGAACCUGCUCAGAUUCUCAACUUCCUGAGAAAACAGCAGAGGUUUAAUGCAGACUAUGAGUUGUCGGCGAGGCAGGGAGCAGACACCAUGGCCUACAUCGCUCUACUGGAGGAGAAACUACGACCAGCCCUGUUACACACAUUCUGGGUGGAUGCUGAGAACUAUGCUAACCUGACUCGGCCGUGGUUCGCCUCCCGCUCUCCCUUUCCCCUCAACUUCCUGGUCCCUGGUCGCCAUGCCAACACAGCCCUGUCCCGGAUCCUGCUGACCAAAGGAGAGUCUCCUCUACACACUAUCACUGAGGUGGAGGGAAAGAUUUACAGUGAAGCUAAGGAGUGUCUGAAUCUGCUUUCCCACAGAUUGGGGAUGGCCUACUACUUCUUUGGGAACACGCCAUGCAGUCUGGAUGCGUUUGUGUUUGGCUUUAUAGCUCCCCUCCACAAGGCCAGCCUACCCAGCAGCCCUCUGCAGAGCCACCUCAGACAGCUGGACAAUCUCCAGCGCUUCUGUGACCACAUACUCAACGCUCACUUCAGCAGUCAUCCCGGGUCUCCCCAGCCGGUUCAGGAGACGGUGGAUGCCAACCUGCAGAAACUCACUCAGCUUGUAAACAAAGAGUCCAACCUCAUAGAGAAGAUGGAUGACAACCUGAGGAGCAGCCCUCAGCACAAACCCCUCAGAGCAGACCCCAGACCCAGCCUGGGCAACGACAAGAGCUCUACCCCUGCCUAACCCCUCACCUCUAGCCCUCGACCUCUCACCCCUGACCAGCCUGGUGGAUGGGAGGGGUGCUGUAUUAUACUAAACCUGGUUCUGUAAAUGCCCUAGCCUGAGUGCCAGUCUGUUUGUACUAGCAUGCCAACUCUUUCUUACUCAUUGACAAGCAAUGGAGGUGGCAAGAGCACAAACAGAUCUGGGAUCAGGCUACAAAUACCAGAGGUUAUCCUUUAAAUUAUGCAUUUGAUUGUUUUAGACAGUUUAUACCUUGCAAGUGUAACUAAAACUGCCCUGAAUGGAAACUAUCAAUGAAGAAAAAUAAUGGCAGAAUUGUGGACUAUUUAGAGAUGAUGAUGUCUGUAAAAUAGAUAUGGUUUCAUGAAAUGAGGGAGAAGUGCACAGCGAAAUGGAAAGGUUUUAGUGGUUUAGAGCGGAAUGCUGAGGACUGCUACCAAAUGAGAAGCCUUUAAACAUUGAAAGGCAAGAGGCAGGAAAUGAGAAGGCCAGUUGGUUUAAAACGCUCUGAGAGAGAGGUACUGCCUUUCUACUGACCUGCUGUAAGAUAGAGAAAACCUUUUCUAACCGAUUCUAAAGGAUUGAAAUGACUGAGGCCCCAAUUCAUUCCAACCUGCAUUGUAGAAUGUAUUAAACACAGGAACAUGUGAACAUGUUUUCUUUCCUGUGGUUGGGUAAUAUCCAAAUGCAAAACUCCUCCCACAGGUACAUGUGAACAUGUUUUCUUUCCUGUGGUUGGGUAAUAUCCAAAUGCAAAACUCCUCCCACAGGUACAUGUACUGUAGAUGCUCUCAGGUUUCAGAAAUAGGUUGUGUUCUUGGGCAGUGGUCGUGUAAACAAGGUUGCUGCAUAAACACUAAUAUGGCAGGUUUGCUGGAAUUUAUUCAUAGAUAAGGGCUAAGUCUAUGCUAAAUAUUCAAGGCAGUUAUUCUUUAGCUCUGUGGUAUAAUGGGAAAUAAAAUGUAUGGGUCACUUAAUCUACAUGUUUGUAAUGAACAGUACAGGUUGAAUUGAUGCAUCAUUUUGAGAGAUUCUGAUGUAAAUGAGGUCAUUACUGACAGGCAGGCACUGACACUGGUCUACUUGAGUUUUGAAACGUCAUAGCUACUGUAGUUGCUGUUGCACAGUCCUAAAUGAUCAGAAUAAUGCUCUUUCCUCACCUGAGGACUGACUCGACCGUUUCUGUGCUGAGACUCGACGCUCGCCCCAAAUGGCACCCUAUUCCCUACAUGGUGGGCUACUUUUGACCAGAGCGCUAUGGGCCCUGGUGAAAAGCAGUGCACGAUAGAGGGACUACAGUGCCUGAAACAGGUUUUCCUCUAGGAUUUUGCCAGUGCAAAGCUGUAUUUCUAGCUGUCUGUGGUGGUUCCAUCCAGACCUGAUGUAUCUAUGUACAUAAUCAUUAAAUGUUCGUAUUACUUCAUGAGGGCAUGUGCUGUACAGCUGUCUAGUUUCAGUUCAUUUGUGUUCAUAUUGAAAUGGGGGAAUGUUUAAUACAAUGCAGAUGAUUUUGUUUGUUAGAAUGUCACUUAUUUUACUGAGGGAGAUGUCUUAAGUUUUCCCUUUAACAAAUAGAUCAUCUUUACAACUGUUGUUAAGGCUCUGUAAAUAGACUUUAAGUAUAUAUGUACAGUAUGUAUGCUAUCAUAUCGCUGUAGAAGUUAGCUCGUUUAAUUAGCUAUAGUCCUGCCUCUUCAUGAACAGAUCGAGUCGUUGUGAUCGUAACGUUGUAUCAUUGUAAAUACAUUUAAAUACUAAUCCAAUGCAUUUCAUUCGGUAUUGUUUCUUUAUAACGGUGCUGCUUAGAUGAAUGCGGGUCAACUCUCCUCGUGUGUUUUCUUUCUUUAGCUAAAGACUGAAGUGAGUUAUUGAUUCUACAGUUGGGCUUCAUUGAUAAGGCGUGUUUUAGAUUAUUGUUCAGCAGUAUCAAAAAGCACUACGUUUGUCUGUACGUACUGCCCUACAAAACACAGUACCUACGUUUGUAUACUGCCCUACAAAACACAGUACCUACGUUUGUAUACUGCCCUACAAAACGCAGUACCUACGUUUGUAUACUGCCCUACAAAACGCAGUACCUAUUUUUUUUUAUUUUUUUACUGCAAAAUCUGACUUCAAAGUCUUUUUAUGUAGAAGACAGCCAUUUCUGAUAUAUUCUGAUCAAAAUUCGUAGUUAUUGCGUUUUGCCUUUGUAGGGCAGGCAGUAUAUUGUGAGGUAUUUUACUUUUGAUAUCAAAUCCAUCAAGUCUGAUCUCAAACAAACAAAAAAGGUGUAAUGGAUUCUGACUCGAAAGACGUUGCAUAUUUUCUCUUUUGAUCUCUAAUUCGCCCCAUGUUGUGGAGUUGUUUUUGUAAAGAUGUGUUUUGUUGAUCAUGAUUUUGUCUAUAUUAGUUAUGCUGUGCCUACAUCACCAUCGCCUUGUCUGUUAUGAGCAGGUCCAUCCAUUUGGGAACAUGCCUUGCAUUAGACAAUGAUGGAGAACUCCGCUAACAUACUGUACGCCAUCUCUGCCUGCAGAUGUCAGAAAGUAUGUCAUUACUGCAUGUUUGAAGUAUGUCAUUUGUCUCCCACUGACAUCCAGAGCCAUGUAUUUAUAUGACUCUGGUGACAUCCAGCAUCAGCUACUGUAAUAGUGGCUCUAUUCACCUGAAUGUUCCAUGUUGUUUCCUGUGCUUUGCCUUUGCUGUUGUUUACUUCCUUUGUUGACAGGAUUAACAGGGACUGUUCAGUGCUUAAAGGGAAUGUAUCCAUGUGGUGAAUAUUCCCUUUAAGCAAUGAAUAUUAUUCACUUCAUGGAUACAUUCCCUUUAAGCGCUAUGGAAUUAGUUACAACUUUAUUCAUUGUUUUGGUUUGUGUAAGAAAGAGAAUAAAUGUUGAAAUACAUGUAUAGGAGAAAGGGAGACAGUAUUAGGAAGGACUGGUACUGUGUGUCUUGAUAAGACUGCAGAAGCGAUUGUAUAGCUGUAAACUACUGUAACCAACUUUCUCAGAUUAAACUCAUGUUUGGAAUUGUAAUAACACUAUUGUCACUUUUAUCCAAGUUCAGAAAGUCACAGUUAGGAUUUGGCCCAUUGUCCUUAGCUGGUCAAUACUUGAUGUUCAAACAACUUUAGUAAAUUCAUUCUCCUGAGGUUUUGUGAUGGGAUGAAAAACAGAGUUUUAACCAUGAUAUUGCCAUUGUAAUAUCAUAUUCCUGGUUCAUUCUUUGUGCAUGGUUUAAUAAAAGUAUAACCUAACCACCUA